AUGACCGUGCUUCUCUUUUGUGCAGGCUUGCAGAGCCUUGGGGAGAGGAUCUUUUACAGCAAGUGGCGGCUGGGGGAAGUGGAGCGCUGUGUCCUGCGGCUGCUGGCUGCAGUCAGACAGAAGCUGCAUGGAGGCGCCUCUGAUCCAUACAAAGUGUUUCCGCUGCAAGAGCCAGCCUUUCAAUGGGCAGACAACCACCCAGAUGCUCCAGAUGUCAGGAUCUUCUCUUCAGAGAGGGGCCCAGAGGGCAAGCGUUCAUUUAUAGCAACCACCCUCGAGGGGUUUUGGAAGCGCUACAGGGACAUGCUGCCCCAGCACCGCCACUGCUAUGAGAUCAUCCGCCAGGGAUACCCUUGCCACCUCUACUUCGACCUGGAGUAUCAGAAGGAUUUCAAUGCGGGUGUGGAUGGGGACAGCCUUGUGGGCAUCGUGCUCAAGCUCUGUGCAGAGCAACUCCAGGAGAAGUUUCAGCUAGAGAUGGAAGACUCGUGGGUGCUGGAGAUGGACUCAUCCUCGCCGCACAAGUUCUCGCGCCAUGUCAUUGUGAAAAUCCCCGGCGCAGCCUUCCAGAACAACUUCCACGUUGGCGCCUUUGUCAAGGACAUGUGCGCUGCCCAGGAGGGCACAGACCCAGAGAGUCCUGUCCAGCAAUUACUUAUCAACAAGGAUGCUGACGGCAGCAGAACACUCUUCAUCGAUGGUGGAGUGUACACGCGCAACAGGGCUUUUCGGCUCUUCCUGUCUUCGAAGGCUGGCAAGCAGUGGAUCCUCCAGCCCACAGCACGGUUCCAGGGUGCCAAGCUCUCGCACAGAGACACAUUCUUCGCGUCCCUCAUCUGCAAUGUGUCUGAGGGUUGCCGCCUGCUGCGCUGCUAUGAGGAAGCGGAUGGAGUUCCUUUCUCCUGGGCCAGGCAUGGACAGGUUGGAGGCCGCUUGAUAGACAGCGAGGCGGCAAUUGGGAGAUGCGCACAGCCGCGGAUUGGGCCAUCCCGCCACCCGGACAUUGAGCUUUUCAUCACCUCUGUGUGCAACAUGGGGGGAGUUCAGGGGGAGGUGAGGUCGUGGGUGGAGUGGCCGGAGGCGGGUCUGCUGCUGCUCAACAUGAAGCGCAACCGCUGGAGGGCGCGUGGUACCAGAAGUGCUAUGACCCGGAGUGCAGGGGCUACCGUUCUGACAUGA